AGGCGUGGGUGAUACACCAAGGUGAAUGACUUGCCAAAGUGACGUACAAAAUCACUGCACAAUACCUUGGACCCACAAUUAUAGAUUAUAGUCAGUAGCAUACACGUAAUAGGGGGGAAAGGGGGGAGGGGGUUGGUCUAUAGUUUUCUGUUCCUGGAACACCAAAUGUUGAAGGAGUUGAUGAGGGCUGCUCUCGUUACCCGUCGCAGUAGUUGCUUCAACUCCUUCUCUGGCACUCCUAGCAUGUCCGUCAUGCUCUUGAUGCUCUCUAGAUCUGGAACGCCACGUGACCCGACCUGUAUAGUGAGUACGGUAGUCCGAUACCCAUUGAGCCUGGCCUGCUCUGCCAAGUCUUCAUACUUGGCUGCUUUCCUCAGUGCUACUUUGUCAUAAUUAGUCUCGUAGCAGACUGUCAACUCCACUAGGCACAGGACUCUCGUGGUAUCGUCCCACCAAACCAGGUCGGGCCUCAGGUCGGUAGGGGUGAUGUGUACUGGGAAGCUGUAGUUGUCACUGAUAUCCGCUGUCCAUGAGGAUGUUAUUGGUAGAUGGGGGACCACUGACUUCACAACUUCCUGCAGUACAGCAUCGUGGCGUGUAUUGUACCGUCGCAGAUCUCUGCCACAGCACAAUUGUUCAGUACAUGCAGCAAAAACUGGCAGCAGUUGCACAGGGGGCAGUUUGGAUCUUUUCUCUUCUUCCACCGAUACAGAUUUGCGUUGUGUGGCAGAGUGUCAACUGCUGCAUUUAGGGAAAACCUCAAAAUCUCGUCCGGUAGCUCACGAACCACACCAGCCCAAACUGGGGCACUCUUCGGGUCUAAACACCUGCUCAUUAACCCUCGGCGCGCAUGCACAGCGAGGGUUACUGUAGUUGGGUUUGUCUGUCUGUGUGUCUGUUACUCUACAUCUCACCUCUUGAGCGUCUGUUCGUCCCAGAAACGAUACCAUUUACCCAACGGGAAAUGAAGGUCAGAAAAUUUGUGGGGUUUUCUCUGAAAAUGCUCCGUUGCAAAGCUAGGGCGCUUCCAGCAUUGUAUGGCUAAUGGCGGUAGUCGCCAUUUUAUCGCUGGCGGAUAAUGCGCAUGCGCUUGUAUUGCACAGGCUUCGACGGGGUCCGCUUGCUCUGUCUAUCUUGAAGGCACAAGAAGUCACAACAAAUGGCGUGUAUCGACUCUCGCGUGCUAUCUACUACUGUAGCUAGCCCGUGUCAGACUCUCUGCUCUGCAGAUUUCCCAUCAUCGAGGAAUCCUCGUCCUCCUUCACGACCUUCUUUGCAGCUCUGGAGAGGGCUCUCCUGCUUCCAGCAGGGUUGGUUGCAAUGAUGUCUGUUGCGAGAGUUGCCGGCCUGAACUUCUUUCUCACCACACCCAGUUCACGCUUCAGGUUGCGGUCAGCCAAAAAUCUCACACAACCGUCACAGGACAUCAAUAGUUGGCACUGACGCGACACUUGAAGCUUCUUGUGGAGAGUGGAGAGGCGAGGGAGGUUGAGACCACCCAUGGCAUUGGGGAGGUACAAGAAGGCAGUGUUGCCGGACCUGCAGAGACCAGUCCACUUCUUCAGGUACCUUGUAGCCAGGGAGUCAAGCUGUUUCUCCAACCAGCUGAUGGGAAACUCGUGUGUCAGGAGUGGCCAGAUAAUUCCUCCUCCGAAAAGAGUUAAAGUUUACAACGUCCAUCCUGAAGCUGUUGCACUUGGAUGGGAGACAAAGGGGAAUAAACUAACAGUGUCAGCAGGAGUAGUGAAUGGCAUGCAACUACCUGGAGAACCUCAUUUAACUCAAGUACCAUCGACCUUUGAUGGGUUGAUUGAUGUCAAGACAUUGAUUCUGACAUCAGAAGCGCAAAAAUUCGUCACAAUAGCGGCAACACUCCAAAGAGUGUCAGACGGGAUGAUGAACUUCAGGGGGUUUGUCACUGAGCCGGCACAGCAGGAAAGGUCUGACUCUGACCCUGAACAAGAUGAGGAAGACUUCUACCCUGCAAUUGUACCUGUACUCGAGGAGGCGGCGGUGUAUACCCUGAAACACUAUGUAAAAGAGUUUCAGUUGGCCAAGAAAAAUGUGCUGUUGAUGGAGUUUUACAACUCAUGGGGAAAGGAUCUGAUUGAAUCUAUCAUAAAGGCUCUGUGUUGCCACAUCCCCGACCUAAUCUGUAAACACAGUACAGGGAUGGGAGUUGCCCAACCUGGGCACUCGGUGUAUUGGCUACAGGAGGAAGAAACUGAAUCAACGAGUGAUGUUGUCGUCCUCCACCAGACAUUGAAACAAAUUGUGCUGGUGUGCGAGGUGAAGAGAGAAGGAGAGAAAUUGGAGGGGGGAACAAACCAGAUGAUCCGUCAGGUGCUCAGUUUGUGGCGACCAGGCCAAAGGAAUUGUAUCGGAAUAGUGCUGAGAGGCCCAGAGGCUGUUAUCUAUAAUUUCACAAAGACGGACAUAAUGGCCAUUGAUAAGGUGUCUGUGUGCAAGCUCUUCGAUGAAGUGUACAAGCUGGCCUUAACUCUGGGAUUCUUGCUGCACAAAAACAAAGCCACUCCACAGUAGUCCAGACCACCACACAGAACUAUCUCUGUGAUGUACUAUAUCUCUGUGUUGUAUAUACUUGGGGAGCCCCCCUUAUUGGAUGGUACAAACCGUGUUUGAGCCACAAUGCAGAUUUUGUCUGCAGCCACUCCAAGCUGAACUAUCUCUGUGAUGUACUAUUAUCUCUGUGAUGUAUAUACUGAACUAUCUCUGUCAUGGGGAGCCCCCCUUAUUGGAUGGUACAAACCGUGUUUGCUAUUGCACUCAUGAGACUAGCACACAUAGUACAAUGUGUAGUAAAAUGGCAGUAGAAUGAGCACAAUGGCAGUAGAGUGGACAGUAGAAUGGCAGUAGAAUGAGCACCAGUAGAAAAAGUACCAUUCUUCUGUCCUACUGUCCAUUGUGUAUCCUAAGGUGUUGCUUCCUCCGAGUGAGUGAACCGCUUCCCGCAGUAGCCAGUGUAUGCUGGUUGAUAAUACUGCAAACCUGAAUAGGAAAAAAACAACAUACAUGGACUGUAGACAAUGAAAAGUUUAUGGACUGAGGUUUGCAAGACCGCUUAGCAAAGCGCAAGAUGGGUG